AUGAAGACCGCAAUGAUUAGCUUGACCGUUGUCCUCGGACUCUUGGUCGCCUCAGCCAAUGCUGCCCCUAUCAUCGCCAAGCGCGAUGACAGCGUCGCUUCCUGCCCUGCUACCCUUAGCGGUCCUUCGGGCAAUGCCUACUUUGCUUUCAGCACAAACCUCAACAUCCAGACGGCCAGAGAGGCCUGUGCCUCCUGCUAUGGCGGAUCCUUGGCCGAUGUUGGUGCUGCCGACCUCCAGUUCUUGAGCAAGAACCUCGAGAGUGCCUCCUGGAUCAAAGCCUGGAAUGGUGAUAAUUACUCCAGCAGCUGUUUGACCAUCCAGCCCAGCGUUGGCACUCAACCCGGAGUUGGUGUCGAUGCUAACUGUGCAUCUCAGAUGUGGCCCCUUUGCACAGCGAGUGCAGGGCAAUCCGAGGGCCUUCAAAGGAUCGAAGAAGAGCAGCCAUCAGGAGAGGAGACAAUCAUCACCCUUGCCGUCCCUUACAAACAGACGAACGCAGCAACCACCCCAGAGAUGGUUACAACCUUGGACGUCACUCUUGAACCCACCAAGGUCGGCGCUGAGGUCAACGCUGAGGAGGCUGCAGCUAUCGUCGUCGACGAGGAGCCAUCCAAGGUUUUGAAUAAGGCCGCAGCUCAGGAGGUCAUUCCCGAUUCAACGGCCCCUGCCGCCCCAUGCGUCACCUGUCCCGGUCCUGAGGCGAGCGCUGCUGAAGUCGUCGUCAUUGAACAGCCUACCAAGGUCGAGGCUGAGGCCAACGCUGAUAUUGUUCCUGAUGCUACUCAUCCCAUUGACCCCACCGUGACCUGCCCCAAGAGGCCCGAUGGCACCUUCGAGACUGAGAGUUGCGUCCAGUCUGAGGAGAUUGCUGCCGCUGUCGUUGUUGAGGAGCCCACCGAGGUUGCCGCCGAGGCUAACGCUGUUGUUCUCGAUUCAACUGGUCCCUCCAGUCCUGAAGUUACCUGCCUUCGCGGUGUUAAUGGCGAAAUCCAAACCGAUGGCUGCGUCGUCCAUGAUGAAGAUGCUACCGUUGUUCAGGAGGAUGUCGCGGAGCCCAUCGCCCCCGCCGCUGCUCCUGAGGUCACCGCCCCUGAUGCCACCGCUCCUGAGGUCACCGCUCCUGAGGCCACCGCUCCUGAAGUCAUCGCCGCUGAGGUCACCGCCCCUGAUGCCACCGCUCCUGAGGUCACCGCCCCUGAUGCCACCGCUCUUGAGGUCACCGCCCCUGAUGCCACCGCUCCUGAGGUCACCGCUCCUGAGGUCACCGCUCCUGAGGUCAUCGCUCCUGAGGCCACUGCUCCUGAGGUCACCGCUCCUGAGGUCACCGCUCCUGAGGUCACCGCUCCUGAGGUCAUCGCUCCUGAGGCCACUGCUCCUGAGGUCAUCGCUCCUGAGGUCACCGCUCCUGAGGUCAUCGCUCCUGAGGCCACUGCUCCUGAGGUCACCGCUCCUGAGGUCACCGCUCCUGAGGCCACUGCUCCUGAGGUCGCCGCUCCUGAGGUCGCCGCUCCUGAGGUCGCCGCUCCUGAGGUCGCCGCUCCUGAGGUCGCCGCUCCUGAGGUCGCCGCUCCUGAGGUCACCGCCCCUGCCGCUGAACCUGUCAUUGCUGAAGCAGCCGCCCCAGCUGCUGCAGAAGUUUGUGCUCCUGCUGUUGAGACCGUCGACGCCUUGACACUCGAGAAGGAGAAGGUUCAAGCCGCGUUCGAGGAAGAUACCGGUUCAUGCUCGAGCCAACUCGCUAUUGGAGAGCAGGAUCCUCUGGUUAACGAGUACAUGAUCGAGACCCUCGCCGAGACUGCCACUUGCUCUGAAGCCAGACAGGAAGCCCUUGCUGCCGAUGUUCAGGCUCGUGUUGCCCGCUACGAGGCUGCCCAAACCGCCCUUCAGGCUCCCUCCUCCGCGUAA